AGCCACCCAACCAACCACCGGAGCGGCGCGGAGUCGGAGCCCCCCGCGCAGCGGCGCAGCUCCCCGCCGGCGAUCGCACGCUCGGGACGAUUCCGGCGGCUCCGUCGCCCCACGCGCUCCAUUGGAGGAGCCCUCGCCCUCGCCCCCGCCCCGCGCGCGGCUGCCUUGGAGGGGAAAUUGCUUCCUGUCCCCCGUCCCUUGCCUGCGCUGGCGGCGGGCUCCUCCUGACCGCCGCGAUGCCCGAGGCCGGCCGCUACACCCACAAGAAGGACGACGGCAUCUGCAACAGCGUCUGCGGCGAGCCCACCUCAAAGGCAGUUAUGGCCAUGUCAAGGCUCAAGUGUGCGCUUCGGGGGUUUGAUUUCAGGGUAAUUCUGGCCCUCUUGAUUGGUGUGCCACUGGUAAUGUUAAUGAUAUAUGCGCAUGGUCAGAAGGUCACAUACUUCCUCCGGCCAAUCUGGGAAUCUCCUCCGGAGCCCUUCAAGAUAAUCCCUCACUACUACAAUGAGAAUGUCACUAUGGAGAACCUCUGCAAGCUACAUGGGUGGAAAGUCAGGGAGACCCCACGCCGUGUUUUCGAUGCUGUCCUCUUCAGCAAUGAGCUUGAUAUCCUUGAACUCCGUUGGAAUGAACUGAGCCCCUAUGUGUCAGAGUUCGUCCUGCUCGAGUCCAACUCAACUUUCACUGGUGUGAUAAAGCCCCUCUACUUCAAGGAAAACCGCGAUCGAUUUAGAUUUGCUGAAUCGCGGCUGACCUAUGGCACAUAUGGGGGAAGAUUCAUGAAGGGGGAAAAUCCAUUUGUUGAGGAGUCAUUUCAGAGGGUUGCCCUGGACCAGCUCAUUAGGAUUGCAAGAAUUGAAGAUGACGACAUAUUGAUCAUGUCAGAUGUUGAUGAAAUCCCAAGUGGCCACACCAUCAAUCUCUUGAGAUGGUGUGACGACACUCCUAAGAUACUCCAUCUUCAGCUCAGGAAUUAUCUGUACUCAUUUGAGUUUUUUCUGGAUGACAAGAGUUGGAGGGCGUCAAUUCACAGGUAUGUGUCUGGGAAGACAAGAUAUGCUCAUUUUCGGCAGACAGAUGAGCUUCUUGCCGAUUCAGGGUGGCACUGCAGUUUUUGUUUCCGUCACAUCAGUGAUUUUGCCUUCAAGAUGAAAGCUUAUAGCCAUGUGGAUAGGAUUAGAUUCAAGUACUUCCUGAACCCUGAGAGGAUUCAAGAUGUCAUUUGCAGAGGGGCGGAUCUUUUUGACAUGCUUCCUGAAGAGUAUACGUUCCAAGAGAUCAUUGCGAAGUUGGGCAACAUUCCAAGCACAUUCUCUGCUGUUCAUCUUCCUAGUUAUCUGCUUCAGAAUGUUGACCGGUACCGUUAUCUUCUCCCCGGGAACUGCAGGAGAGAAAGUGGCUAGGUUCUGUGGUUUACUUUGCAAGCUGCUGUGCAUGGGUGCCACUGCCUACGCUGCUUGAGAGUGGUUGGCUGUUGCAAUUGCAUCUGAUAUGAUUGGCUAAGUUGGACGGUUGCUUGGGCUAGUGGUUAUGGACAAGUUCAUGAUUUUGUGCCGUGUAAUGGAACAUUGGAGGAUAUGACAGCAUAGCGCAUGCUUGAUCAUUACCUUCCCAGAAGAGCUCAACGGUGUAUGCUUACCACCAGAAGUCAUUGCCAUUCAUAUUUCCUCCCUGAUUGAUGUGUAAACUCAGAGCUGUAAUGGAGAAAUGAACACUAUGUGAGAUUUCAGAUUUAUAUGCUGUACAAGUGGCCUUACCCUGCUGAUAAUUACAUAUGUGUUCAUAUUUUUCA